AUGCUCUUGGGUCCCUCAAAACCACCACAAAUAUCUGCUGUACCGCUACUGAAAACUGAUGAAGAUUGUGUAUCGUCAAUAGCCGACGAGGCUUUACAAGCUUUACACUUACCGUACUCUAACUGCAUGGUGGUAUUGACCACUAAGCAGAUUUUAGUCUACAACUACAAGCCAAUGGCUCUGGUAUCGUCGUUUCUGCGUAGUGACUAUUCGCUUGAGAAGUACGGUGAAAACAAGAGAGCUUAUGCGGAUUCGUUAAACAAGGAAAUGUUUCAAGACCUCAUACCAAAGACUGACAUCAAAUUCGAUACGACAAAUAGCAGUAAAGUGACCUUUUACGUGACAUCCUCACUGAACUUUGUAUUUGUGUUUGAGAUUCUGUUGAGUUCAGGUGCUGUUAGUCUAUACAAGGAAACUGGAAUUCCUAUCUUAGACAUAAAUAAGGUGGACCAUGAUUACGGACAGGAUAUUAUGAACAACACUGAGGAUGACGACACCUUGACAGUCUUUGACAGGAAAGAAUCCACCAAGGUAAUUCAAAAUGGAUACGCUGUGGAUAAACAACAAGGAUUUUUACAUUUUUUGACGAAAUCCGCUGAUACGCUCGAUGAGAUUCCAAUUAAAAAGGUUGAACUGCGUCUACAGGUGAUGUUCAGUUUUGGCCGCUCGAUUAUUGAUCUUGCAGGCUUCUGUGAUACCAAUUCAAGAGGUGAGUCCAAGAGGCAUGAAUAUUUAAUGCUCUUGUUUCCGAAUCGCGUACAUGUUUUAGUUCUUCAAAACUUCCAAAUGAAAGACAACAUUUUAAUCGAUGUCCCAAACGGUUACCGACUAUUACAAUAUCACGGAAAACCAUGUGUUGUGUCUGUCGAUGCGCAAUUAAAAACUACAUUGACCGAACUUGACCUUUUAAAGAAGUGCGGCAGUCAAAUACAGCUCAAUUACGACGCACCAGGACCUUUGCUUGAUAUUCACAUCAACAAUAACGUUUUAACGUUCGUGCAUGAGUUUUACGUGUCACUUUACGAUCUCAAUUCAAACACAACAAUCAAACGGAUACGAUCGCGAAACAGCCUGAUAUGCAGCGGCUCAAUUAGCAGUGAAGACAACAUCAUGUUUACCAAGAAGGGCUUCAAAAUGUUUACAAGGUGUGGUAACUGUAUCGUCUCUACGUUCGACGAUGAUGAAGACGGCGAGGAAGAUGGCAAUUUAUCAGGUUCCUCUAGCUUUACUUCCAUUGGCGGGUCUAUUGUUACAACCUCACUCGACGGUAAGCUUAGCAAAUGGGAUUUGUGGUCGAAAGUCAUAACACCAUUUAAUAAUUUCAGGAACUCGACUCCUCUGAUUUUGCAAACUGAAAAUAACGAUAUGAUGCUUUUCGCACCGACAUCAGACUCUUUAGAAAAUGUUCCUUUCCAAGUGAUCAAACUGCCUUCUCAAACGAUAAAUAAUCAUGUUCCUCUGGUCAGGACAAAUGGUUCCAUUACAAUCCUGGCAGCGUUUGUGUCCAAUAAGAGCAUCUUGUUGAUUCACAAUCUGGUUACCAACUCGUGGCUCAGCUUUAUGGAUUUGAAUUUUAUUGAUGUUCAAUGGCUGGGCGACGAAUACCUGUUCUGCCAUUCGCUGGGCGAAGACAUGAAGCAACGGCUGCAGUGCUACCAUUUUCCAGCACAAGGAAGUAUAACCCCAGAAUUGUCUGAUAGACUCAUUUGGGACUAUGCUAUCUCUCCUACGAUAGAAAUAAAGAGCAUUCACGCAAACACUCUGUCUCGGUACAAGCUUUUGAAAGUAAAGUCAAAAAAUUCAGAUAAUGAACAACUCCAAAACUUGUUUAAAACCGCUGAAGUGCUGAUUCAAGAUGACCAAGGCGGCCUGCGAACCAUUGACAUCAUAUCUAAAAUCGGGCCUGGAGAGGCUGUCGAAAUUAAGGUCUUUCACCAGCAUCCAGCUGAGAAUGUUUUCUCCCAAAAGGAGAAGAAAUGCCAAUGGAUAAUGAAUCACAACGGGGGUUAUUUUGUGAGCCAGGGGGAUCAGAUCUUGAAAUUGGAGAAGACUGAAGAGGGAGUUUGGAAAACUUCGGUUCUAUUGGAGAAAGUGGAACGCACUUUGGACAUUAUAGAAGCCUGGAUUUACGUUGUUCAAGAUAGUAAAGUCACGGUCCACAAUAUUGAAGAGCUGUGGAAUGCGAAGGGCCCAGUUGCAGUUGUUGAAAUCACAGAAGGGGAUUACCCAGUCGUGAUUUCACCGGAGGCGGCGAUAGUUCACAGCGUUCAAUUUGUUAUUUCCAAUGAGCGCUCGAAGAUCAUCCCCAGACAGGCCAUUUACCUCGACCAGGUGAUAGACUAUCAUCUAGCUGCAGGCACGAGCUACCAGAACAUUGACUCCCGGUACCGCUCCUUACAGCACUACAAGUUCAGUUUGGAAAAGAUAUUAUCCGGGAAAGUGCUGACGAACGAGCCGCUUUCAGAUAUUGUCAGUCUCAUAAAUUUCUACGACCAGGGUCCCAAGCACAGCGGGAGACUGGAGAUUAUCAGCAAUUGUUUGCGGAAAAUCGAAGUCGAGCAUUGGGACUAUCUGUUCCAAAAAUUGAACCUGUCUCCACGAGAUUUGUUAGUGCAAUGCAUCGAGCACGAUGAGGCUCGUGUUCUAGGCAUUUUGCUGAUGGUUUUCCUGAAUUACGAUGGCAGUAAAAAAACUGAAGAUUUACGCCAAAACCAAGAGGAACUUCCGACGGAAAUUCAAGAUACGGAGCCCGGAUCUAUAUCCACCAUAUUGAACGAUGAAGAGCUGAUGUUGCAAGUCUUGCGAGUGCUCGUGAACACUGCUUCUUCGUCCUGCGAACGCGAAGAAGCCCGGGAAUUUUGGGACAUGAGCUUUCAGCUGGUACGUUUCAUCCAGGCUCUAGACAACGAAAACAAAACUUCGCUGGUGCAACGCGCUGUCCAGAUCUUAAGUUGA